AUGUAUUUCACUUCCAAGGGGUUGAUCAACCCCUUGGCCCUCAAACUCCUUUUCUCACCAACAAUUCAGUCAUAUACCGCUCUCGAAAACGCGUUGGAAGGGUAUCUUCCAGACUCGUUAUUUAAUACUAUCAAGAAAACAGUCGCGAAAGAGGGCGCGGUAUUUGCGGCCGAACACCUUCCUCGCCAAAUCUGUGGUGUGGAAGAAGCCCCCGACACACAGUGCUAUGCCAGCGCCCUCAAAAAGGCUGGAAAACAGGCGAGGGAAAAAUUGCACAAUGUGGUGGGUAGUCUUCCGCUAUCUCAUCUCUCGUGUUGGGGAUCAGUGAAACUCACAACAAGAGCAGCUCUUGUUCCCCAUAUCAAAGGAAUGGUCCAACGUGUGGCUGUGAGGUGUGGAGUUGCCGGGGAGAAGGUUGGCGUGGAAGUAGUGUGGGCAGCGACCGAUCGGCCAACACGGGCACGAAUCGCCUAUCUCCGUCGAGAAGCUGCGCGGUUGGUGCUCAAAGGGGGUAGAGGUUCCGAAUCCAUUUGGGCUGUAGUGGAUCGGAAGCUUUCCGAGCUACGAUCAAAGGGGAAUGAUGACUAUACGACUGCCUUUUAUCAAAUAAUCUAUGACGAGGACCGCAAGUACUUUGAUGGGAAAGUUUGGUUCAAGGACCUGCAAGCACGCGAGCCAAAAGUCACUUUGGACUUGCCAUCGGACGAGGCGAUCAUGGCGCGCAUGUCUGAGGGCGGGGGUAAUCCGACUCCUUCUGGAUCUAAUACGAACUCGGUCCAUAAUCCAGCAGCAAAUCAAAAUUAA